GUGCACUACCGUAGGCGGUCUGUGUGCAACCUUAAGAUGAGCUAGCCUUGCUCUUAGGUGCUGCUACGUGUUAAGUUACGGACAAGGAAAUGUAAUUGGAGCUCAGCUAAGAGAGCUCAUUGAAACGCAGAUGUCGGUGCCGUCAGCUUUUCGCGAAUAUUUCGCGUUAAGUAGCUAAUUAGCACGUCAGCCCUGCUUUCAGUGGAGAUAUGAAAUUACUUUUCCUUGCCUGUCUCAGCCCCAAAACUGGGAACCAUACUACAGCUGAGAGAAUAAGGUCCUACAUUGAGUCAGCAGGACACACUUGCGAGCUCAGAGACGCAGGAGAGUUUCAGUCUCCUGCUGAUGUGGUAAAUCUGGUCUCUGAACAUCCUAAGUUUGAAGCUGCACUGGCUAUUCAUCUUUUCAAAGCGGGCAGACUUCUCAUGGAUAUUGAAAUACCCUUUGGCGUAAUCUUUGGCGGCACAGACAUAAAUGAAGAUGUGAAAGUGGAGCAGAAGCGUGUGGUUAUGGAACAGGUGCUACUGAAAGCCAGGUUUGCUGUUGCAUUUACUGACAAACUGAAAGAAGAGGCAGAGUUAUUUUUGGUGUCCCAAAGCAGCAAAAUCUACGUCCAGCCUCAAGGCAUCCAGACAGACGUUACUGAGAAAUUCUGCUGGACUGAAUUCCUGAGGAGCUCAGGUGUAAGGACUGAGCAUGUGGAUGAGCUGCGUGUCUUCCUAUUGGUCUGUGGCCUCAGAAGAGUCAAAGACCCCCUCUAUUUGGUGGAGGUUUUUUCAAAGUGGCAUUGUGAGAAUCUGCUGAAUGUGUUAGUCAUUAUUGGGCCCAAGAUUGAUCCCGUUCUUACUGCUGAAGUAGAAACGGUUGUUAAAAGAACAGCAGGGGUGUUCUUGGCCCAGGAGAGGUGCCAACAGGAGCUUCAUGCUGCCAUGAAAAGGUGCUUCGCUGUGGUCAACAGCUCUGUUUCAGAGGGCAUGUCAGCAGCCAUCUUGGAGGCCAUGGAUCUCGGGGUACCUGUGCUGGCUAGAAACAUUCCAGGAAAUGCAGCUGUGGUGCAGCAUGAGGUCACCGGCCUUCUGUAUUCUUCGCCUCAGGAAUUUGUGCGUCAAUCUCAGAGGCUGUUGUCAGAUCACGAGCUGAGAGAGAGAGUGGUGAGGAAUGGAAAACUCUACGUGGAAGAGCAUCAUGGCGUGAAACAGGAGAGAGAAACUUACCAGCGACUGGUGGACACUUUGCACUGAGCACAUUUAAUUGCAAUCUGUAAACUUUCUCAGGGGCUUCAGCAGGAGAGAAGAAGAGCGCGACACUAGUCUCUCUUUGUUGCACAGGUAUAAUUAUGCCCGUUUGCAUAACAAUGCGGUUUUAUCUGUACUACCUGACUGAAGAAUUAUGACGAAGAGUGCUUUAAACCAAAGACAUGUGACAUUUAUGAUGGACUCUUAUUUAUGGUUUAAUUAUGAUAAAGGCAUGGAUACUGUGAUUAUUCAUUCUGCAUAUUAAAUGGUUAUUGUUCUAAAAAAUUA